AUGAGCACCGCACCCUCAGACCAGCUCAACAGCGCCGUGGUGACGCUCACCGCGUCCGUCGCCAGACUCGGCGAGAUGUUUAUGCGCGAGACCGAGCAGUCGCGAAUGUUGUAUCAGCAGCAGACGCAGGAGCUACAUGCUGAGAUGAGCGCGAUGGCGGCAAGGGCGGAGGAGCGCGAGAGUGUCAUGAACGUGAGGCUGGCGCAGCUCGCCGCCUAUCUUGAGGCAAAUUUUCCCCAAGGUUAUCCUGGCGGAUGA